CUUAGGGUGUUCUUAGGGUGUUCAGCCUGUUCUUGGAGUGUUCAGUCUUUUAGAAACGAGGAUUAAAUCGUGGCAUUGUGUGUAAGAUCGACUAAGGAUCGGUUCUGUGGUUAUUGUGUAGAGAGAGGUAUUAUCUGUGAGAAGGGAAAUAAAAGAUUGUGGUAAACCUGAUUGCCUUAUUUCAAUGACUGAAGACUAAAACUAAAUUCUGAAAAUCUGACGGUCUUCCGUGCGACCUGUGCGACACCCUGAAUCCUCCCCUGACAGACACACAGAAAGACAAGUACGGAACUUCAGCACUCACGCACAACCAGUAACUCUAUUUGAAUCGUUUAAUAUUUAUGUAGCUAUUGAUGAUUGUAUAACUUGAUUAAAGAACGACUCCAAGGAAAUAUGCUUGCAUGCGGUAUCCAACUCUGACUCUCACCAAUUCAUCACAAAUGCGUGGAAAUCCGCGAGAGCAAUUUUCUCUGAGGCUGUUAGCGACAUUGCGGUAAGAGUGACACAUUGUUGUGAAUGAAUCAAAGAAGUGCAAAUUUUGUCCAAAUGUUGUCGUUCUUGCGUUUUUGUUUAUGACAGAAAUAAAUUCCACCAUAUUUUGUUGGAUGACAAAGUUGCGAAAAAAGUUUUAAUCAUAUGAUCUUGACUCACAAACACAGUCAUGCGCAUACCAAAGAUCGAGAUCCGGUUUAGAUACUUUCAAGAGCACAGUAUAAAUGAACCUUGUUACGUGCAUGGAUCACCAAUCGAUGAUCCAAGAACUUUUCCUCAAGUGCAGGCCAUAAGAUGUCAACCAUGAAGAUUGCUAUACGGAUUGUUUUCAUUUUGGCGCUCUCAGAAAUUGAUGCCCUGAAUAUGGAUUUUGGUCCAAAAAAACAGAGAGUGGUACUAGAGCGGAAUGAGAUAGGAGAAAUCAUACAGCCCAUCACUUGCAUUGUCGAUAGACCAGCCAAAAUUACGAUUCAAUUGAAGAAGGAAAAUACGAUUGUUGCUAAUCGGAGGGAAGAGGAACUGCCAAUGGGUGUUUCAGUCGAGUUCAAGACUGGCCAGGCACAAAUACAGUUUGAUCACCGUUUUAAAGGGGACUGUCAGAAUGGAACCUAUUUAUGCAUUGCAGAGGACUCAUUCGGAAACAGAAUUUCAAAAGAGGCUCACGUGUUCUUAGUUGGAGACCUCGAUAUGCCAGGUCCUAGAUUUUGCUUUGGAUUGCAAGGGAGCGACACGUCUGAUCUGGUAACGGUAAAAAGCGGAAAAAACACAGUUUUGCGGUGUUCACUAAGGGACAAGAAAUUUGAAAACAUGCUAAUUGGCAGGCCAUUCAUCGGAUUUUAUAGAGUGAACGAAUACGGGGAUACGAACAUUAUCAAUGAAUCUUUGAAGCAUCCGAAAUUCGAAUGGAGCCAAACGAAAAUUUCCACAGUAUGGAGUCGUCACGACAGGACGUCUAAGGAAGGAAGUCGUUUACUUUUCAUUGAAAAUGUAACUAAAAGCGAUGCUGGGAUGUACAUUUGCAAAAUUAAUUUCUUUGCAAGCGGUUGCAAUAUUUUCAAGAAACUGCAAUUAACUGUACAGUAAACCACUCAAAUGAUGAGAUCUCUACCAGAAUUCUUAAACGUAGUUGCCUUUAUCUUUCAAAAUACACUCAUUUUUCUUAUAAGAAACACAGGUCGAUGUUGAGUACUCCAGUUUCUUAAUGUUCUGGAAAUUUUAAUACUCAUUGUUUCUUAAGAGUUCCUUAAUUAUGAUGUCACGAAUGAUGUUCGUGACCUUUUUUUCACGUCAAGAGAUUCGUUUUCCUUCUGACGCUGUGUUUAGACGUGGGAAGUAUAUUUCUAUCCCUUCUGUCUUAAUUUCUAGGCCAUCAGGGCAAUCAUGUUUUUGGAUUUUAGAAAAUUUCAUUGUUCCCAGUUUUAUCACGAUUUAAUAGUUUCUUGUUUUUUGCUUCGAGUACUGAAGUUUCUUAAUUUUUUCUGAAUGUCCAGUACUCGUUUCUUAUAGCCAGUUUCUUAUAAAAAAAAGAGUGUAAUCUGUAAGCUUUUUUAUGGCAGUGUAGGAUCCACUUUUAUAACA